AAGUCUAUGCUUGGCGAACGGUUGGGUCACGUCACUGUUACUGCAGAGGAGCCUUCACCACUCAUAUAUGUAUCCGGUCCAUUGGGAGCUUCGACCGACUGCGUUGUUAACAUAUCCAUUCAAGGGAGCGUGAUCGAUCCAGACCGCCUACGCACUAUGACCAUUGAGGUUCAUACCACAAUCCACUCAAAGACUUACUACUCGUCUAAGAGGAUGCCCUGUAUGCCAAGCAGACAUUUGCUAACUGAGCAGGGGCCAUACUUGUACGAGACUGUGGUGAACCUAGAAGUUCAAAAGCUUCGCGACUUCCAGUGGACAUUUUGGCCCUGGGCCGCCUCCCGCUCACUUGAAAAGCAAGAGGUGACCUGGCAGACGGUGAUCCGAAUACCCAUACGCCCUUCACAUCGAUUGUACCCUAGCUUCUGCAGUCAACUUAUAGCUCGGUCUUAUUCCAUUAAUCUUCGGAUCUGUUUCGGCGGCGCUUACAUCAGGAAGAUGGACCUCGAAGUCCCACUGCAAGUGGCCUAUCCACGUAUAUCCAAAUCUGCCUCGCAACCAGAGGACGGUAAUCUGGAAAGGUUGAUGGAAGAAGACGGGGUAUGCCUUUCAGAGAGCGGCAUCAUCCUCUCACCCAAUCACGUAGGUUCACUAGCUGCUGCAUGA